UCGGCUAAGGAAAUCAGCGCCGGAGGAGAGAUACCCUCCCGCCCUUCUGCCAGCUCAUUAAAAACAACAACAAAAGUCUUUCCUGCCUUGAUGUGAGUGCGGCUCAGAGAAGCUGGUCCCCGGCGAGCGGGCGCUCAGGCCGGCUCCACCAGCAGCUCCCGCCCGGGAGCGGCGCGGCUCGCCCCCUUCACGGCUCCCACUCCCUCGGUGCACGCCGCGCUGCUCACGGAGGGGCCGGGGCGCGCCAGGCGGAGCCGCGCGGAGCCCACCACCGCCGCCGCCCGGGGGAACCGCACGGCGUGACGCGGCUCACCGAGCGCGCUUUCCAGCUCCGGCCGCAGACACCGGCGGCGCCGCAGCACCAGAUUUCAGCAACAUGAUGGCAGAGCAUAGCCAUGUGCAAAAUCGGCAGGAUUUACAAAAUGGUAGCGUAGAAGAAGGCUUUGUGGUGCAUUCCCUUGAGAACGACCCCCAAAACGUGAUGGAGAACCUGGGCCCGAAGAAGUAUUCUUCCAGUCUGAGGUUCAAAGCCAACGGGGACUAUUCUGGCUCCUAUCUGACCCUCUCGCAACCUGUGCCUACCAAGAGGAGCCCUUCUCCUCUGGGCACUGGCGUCAGAAGUAGCCCCUCCUUGGCCAAAAUCCAAGGAAGCAAGCAGCUCUCCUGUGAUGGAACUGACAAAAGUAUGUCCAUGAAACCUCCCACACCUCUACUCAGCACCACCCCCAGUGGAUACCUCUUGGGGAGAGCUGACUUUGAAAAUUAUACAGGCCGGGACAGCGAAAAGUCCUUGAGGCUCUCUGAGAAGCCUCCCUAUUGCAAGUACAGCUCAAGGAAUAAAUCACAUGACAACGUGUACUUUCUCGGAGGGCUGGAAGGCAGGAAGGCAUCUGGCUCGCUCCUGGCCAUGUGGAGUGCAGGCGCCCUGGGUGACACUGGCCCCUCUCCCAUCAGCAGAUCGGGGGCAGCAAGCAUGCCUUCGAGCCCAAAGCAAGCCAGGAGGAUGAACAUGCAAGACAACCUGACGCUGCAGCCCAGGUCAAGCAGACACAGGGAGCUGGCGUCGGAAAACACCAGCGGAAGAACCAGGAAGUAUUCGGGCAGCAGCCUCAGUCACAUGGGAGCCUACAGCCGCUCGCUUCCCAGGUUGUACAAAGCCACAGAGAAUCAGCUGACGCCUCUCAGCUUGCCUCCAAGACACUCCCUGGGCAAUUCCAAACGAACAAAACUGGGGGAAAAGGAUCUACCUCAUAGCCUUGUGGACAACGACAAUUAUCUGAAUUUUUCCUCUUUAAGCUCAGGAGCUCUACCCUACAAGACCUCUGCCUCUGAGGGCAAUCCCUAUGUCAGCUCCACCCUCAGCGUCCCCGCCAGUCCCCGCGUGGCCCGCAAGAUGCUUCUGGCCUCCACCUCGUCCUGUGCCUCCGAUGACCUUGACAGGGCCCCGUACCCGGGGAGCAGUCCCAACCACUCGUUUCCUCCUGGGGAGCCAGACAGACUGUUUGUGGCCAGGAGGAACUUCUCUUGUGGAUCUGUGGAGUUGGAUGAUGCCGAUUUGGACAGCCUCAGACAGGCCUCAGGAACCCCCCAGCCUGCCCUUCGGGAACGGAAGAGCAGCAUCAGCUCCAUUUCAGGGCGCGAUGACCUCAUGGACUAUCACCGGCGGCAGCGGGAGGAAAGACUCAGGGAGCAGGAGAUGGAGCGACUGGAGAGACAGCGUCUGGAGACGAUCCUCAGCCUCUGUGCUGAGUACACAAAGCCCGACAGUCGCUUGUCCAGUGGCACCACCGUGGCGGAUGUGCAGAAAAUCAACAAGGAGCUUGACAAGCUGCAGCUCUCCGAUGAGGAAUCCGUGUUUGAGGAAGCCCUGGCGAGCGCUGAUUCCAGAUACAGGUGCCACCGGAAGGGCUCGCUCCACGAUGCGGACUUGGCUGGCUUCGGGAGCCUGGGUCAGAGCGGUGGCAGCUUCCUUGCUCCCAGGAGCAUCAGGAACGAGGAACUGCUCCGUGACCUCACCAGGACGCCCCCACCACCACCCUCUGCCUUUCUGAAAGCUUCCAGCGAGUCCUCUUACCUAAGCAUCCUACCCAAGACCCCAGAGGGUGUAAGUGAAGAGCAGAGGGCUCAGGAGCUGGCCGCCAUGGAAGAUGCCCGGAUAGUAAUUCUGAACAACCUGGAGGAGCUUGAACAAAAAAUCAAAGAUAUAAAUGACCAGAUGGAUGAAUCUUCCAGAGAGUUGGAUAUGGAAUGUGCUCUUUUGGAUGGAGAACAGAAAUCUGAAACAACUGAACUUAUGAAGGAGAAGGAGAUUUUGGAUCAUCUAAACCGGAAGAUCGCCGAACUGGAAAAGAACAUUGUUGGUGAAAAGACCAAGGAGAAGGUAAAGCUUGAUGCUGAAAGGGAAAAACUAGAGAGGCUUCAGGAGCUUUACUCCGAGCAGAAGACCCAGCUGGACAAUUGUCCUGAGUCCAUGAGGGAACAAUUACAGCAACAACUGAAGAGGGAUGCAGACCUACUGGAUGUUGAAAGCAAACACUUUGAAGACCUGGAAUUCCAGCAGCUGGAACAUGAGAGCCGACUGGAUGAGGAAAAGGAGAACUUGACCCAACAGCUCCUCCGUGAAGUGGCUGAAUAUCAACGGAACAUUGUUACUAGGAAGGAAAAAAUUUCUGCAUUGAAAAAGCAAGCCAAUCACAUUGUCCAGCAGGCUCAGAGAGAACAAGAUCAUUUUGUGAAAGAAAAGAAUAAUUUAAUAAUGAUGCUACAAAGAGAAAAGGAGAAUCUUUGUAAUUUGGAAAAGAAAUACUCCAGCCUGUCUGGGGGGAAAGGGUUCCCUGUUAACCCUAGUACUCUAAAAGAGGGCUAUAUCACUGUAAAUGAAAUUAAUGAGCCAUGUGGCAAUUCCACGACUCUGUCCCCUUCCACUCAGUUCCCUGCUGAUGCUGAUGCUGAUGCUGUUGCCACUGAGCCUGCCACGGCUGUGCUGGCGAGCCAGCCACGGAGUAAAGAGCAAAGCUCUCCUGUCUGCUCUGGAUUUGUGUUUCCUUCCACCCUUUCUGCUCAUCCUGUCACUCAACCUCCAUCAGACUCAUGGCCUGAAGUCAUGGCUCCAUCUAUCGAACCUUUCCCUUUAAAUGACACACCUCCUCCUCUGCCAGCUAAGAAACACAGGAGGCAGCAGCCCCAGGAGCAACAGCACUUUAGAAGUCUGGAAGAAAGGAAAAAACAGCAUAAAGAAGGCCUCUAUCUGAGUGACACUUUGCCUCGAAAGAAAACCACACCUUCCAUCUCCCCACAUUUCAGCAGUGCUACAAUGGGGAGAUGCACCACCCCAAAGGCUCACCUGCCCCUGGGACAGAGCAACAGCUGUGGCAGCGUGCUUCCUCACUCACUGGCUACCAUGACCAAAGACUCUGAAUCUCGGAGGAUGCUCAGAGGAAGAAUGAAUUCCUCAGCAGGAGCAAUUACUAAUUCCAAAAGUUCAAGUAUCAAAGGUUAUAAUCACCAACAGAUGAGCGAAGGACAAAGGCAAAAAUCCUCAGAAUUUUACAACCGCACAGCAUCUGAAUCCAAUGUCUACUUGAAUAGCUUCCAUUACCCGGAUCACAGCUACAAGGACCAAGCUUUUGAUACUUUGAGCCUGGACAGCUCAGAUAGCAUGGAGACCAGCAUCUCGGCCUGCUCACCUGACAAUAUUUCCAGUGCCAGCACUUCAAAUAUUGCCAGAAUAGAAGAAAUGGAGAGACUGUUGAAGCAGGCUCACGCAGAAAAAACAAGGCUGCUUGAAUCCCGGGAACGGGAAAUGGAAGCCAAAAAACGAGCUCUGGAAGAAGAAAAACGGCGCAGAGAACUCCUGGAAAAACGGCUGCAGGAAGAAACCAGCCAGAGACAGAAGUUAAUAGAGAAGGAAGUGAAAAUAAGAGAGAAACAAAGAGCACAGGCUCGUCCUCUGACACGUUAUCUGCCUGUCCGGAAGGAAGACUUUGAUUUGCGGAGCCACGUGGAGACUGCUGGCCACAAUAUUGACACCUGUUACCAUGUGUCCAUCACAGAGAAAACCUGCCGAGGAUUCCUCAUCAAGAUGGGUGGGAAAAUUAAAACCUGGAAAAAACGCUGGUUUGUUUUUGACCGAAACAAGCGAACAUUCUCUUACUAUGCAGAUAAACAUGAAGCUAAAUUAAAAGGAGUAAUAUACUUUCAAGCCAUUGAAGAAGUGUAUUAUGACCACCUUAAGAAUGCUAAUAAGAGUCCCAAUCCAUUACUUACCUUCAGCGUCAAGACACAUGACAGAAUCUACUAUAUGGUGGCCCCAUCACCAGAAGCUAUGCGGAUCUGGAUGGAUGUUAUAGUUACUGGGGCAGAAGGUUACACUCACUUCUUGUUAUAGUGAGCAGAGGAAGAAUCCAGUUCAGGGCACACUGCAAUAAUCUCUUACAAGAAUGAAGCCAUAUUCAAUCCCAGAUGGAAAGACCCAACAGACUCAUCCUUUUAACUUGUACACACUCAGAGAAACCCAACAGACCCAUCCCUUUAACUGUAUACACUCAGAGUUCCUUUCAUAUUAACGAGAAGUCAUUUUUUUAAAGGAAAAGGGGUUUUAAUUCAAAGCUUAAUCAUGAAUAGCAAAAGAAUUGAAGCUCCUAUGAGAAACACUAUUUUGAUAAAUAGUAUCACUUAAAGGAAACUUUCUUACAAACUAUUUUUUUUAAAUCAGCUGUUGGUUUUGGUGGGAUAAACAGUUUACAAAAUGUCUGUAUAUGUGUACUUGGAAAUAUGGAAUUAUUAGGGUAUCCAAAUAAUUGGCAUUGACAUUAUUGGUAAUCAACAGGCUUUUUUAUUAAGUAACAUUUUAUAAAAAUAAGCAAAUAAGGGCUUGGAGAGGAAUAUGUUUGGGGAAUUUUGCCCUUUUUUUUAAAGUCCUACACCAAAACCAAAGACUUGGCAUGAAUUCUGUUUAUCAGUUGUAGUUUCAAACUAAACUGCAUUUAGUCUUAUUCUGUAUAAUGCCACCAAAUGCCCAGGAAAUUGACUUUGCAGUGUGACCACAGCUUAAGCUACUAUAUAUAUCUAAAACUACUUCAUGUAAAAAAGAAACAAAAGCUGUGCGUUUCAGAAAAGCCAUCUUCGGUAGCAGACAUUUUGUUACAUUGGGCAAUUAGGAGUCAGGAGCUUGUUUUGCUAACGAUUACUCCAUUCUGGGUGCUGAGAAUAAAGGCAUCCUGUAGUUCAUUUCAGUUGUCUGAUUUCUCUUUGUUAUGGAGCACACUAGCUAAUUGCACUGUCACAUGACAUAUUAUAAUAUCAUAGCUCCAUUUUCACCAAAGAACAGACCAAUUAAAAUACUUAUUUGUAGAAGUGGUAUAGUUCUAUAGAAAGGCAAAUGAAAUUCAACUUCAUAUUGUCUGAAAUGUACUAUUUUUAUUAUGUGUUUCUUUACAAUUUGCCUUUGUUUUUUAGAGUUAAAUUAAUUUUUGUUGAAUGAAAUGACUUCAGGCAAGUCUGUUUAUAAAUGGUUUUUCAAAUGCAUUUAUUUUAGUUUUUCAUGUUCUGUGCGUUUUAAGUAUGAAUGUAUUCUUUCUUAGAUAAAUGAAUAGAAGUAGAAAAUGAUGAUAUCACUUACUAGCACAAGAUGAAAUGAUAGGAUUAGAAGUGUCUAUAAAACUUUUUCAGACCUAAUUUGGGUACAUUUUUAAAAUUUGCAGUGUAGUUCGUAUACAUAUGUACAUGUUACCAAUAAUAAGAUUUUUCAACUGGAUGAUACAAGGUUUUACUUGAACAAUAAUGGACAAAAAUCAUGAUUUUUAAAGACAUUUUUAAAAAUCUAAUUUUGUAGAGAUCACCCUUAAACUCUGUAAUGGUCUAAAAGAAUGAAAUGUAAUUUCUAAGAUUUUUGGUAAUGUAAAGAUAAAACUUUCUUGUACUGUAUUUUCUUCAUAGGGUUGUAAAAGUAGCCUAAUCAGCUUGCAUGAUGUAGUCAACCUUCUAAGUAUGUGUGUUAAAUAUAUUGCGUUUGGAUUAAAAUGUUGACCUGAUUCCACAUUUGAAAAUAAACUCUUUCAUUUGGAAGUUA